UAUUUCAACGCGGUUGGUUGUGUCGUGUUUCGGAAAAAUAGCGUUAUCGCGCGGACAAAAAUGAAAAAUCGCACAUACAAUUAAAUGUGUUUUCAAAUAACUCGUCUCAUGUCAAAGCCAUAUUGUUUGUAUUUCAUUAUUUACAUAGCGGAUAAAGUGAAUAACGUUCAAACUUUUACCUUGUGAAUUUUAAAAUAUUUUUCAAUUAAAUAUAUAAAGGUAUCUAAUUAUUUUAUAGCAUAAAUAAUACAAUUAAACGUGAUACUAUUUAAAUAUUAACAUUAAUAUGUGUUAAUUACAUAACAGGUAAAUAGCAAAAUACAAUAUACAAUACCUAAAUAUAUUGCAAUAGAAAUGUUAUAUAAAACUAAAACUUCUAUAAAACUGAAACAAAAGUGUCGAUUUGUUGUACGGCGUGCGCUAGUGUGUUCAUAAUGUGAGCAGACAUGUGCUCCGUCAAGUGGAUACGAUUGUUCGUGAUGCUGGCAGCCUGCUGGGCGCAGGAGGGCGAGUGGAGCGAGGAUGCUGAAGAUUUGGUAUCCACAGUUGAAGUGGAUGCAGUGUUGGGGCGUACGGCGUCACUACCUUGUGACGUCACGCCAGACACGAAUGAAGAUCGCGUGUAUAUGGUGCUGUGGUUCAGAGCCGGGAAGGGCACAGGAGGAAAACCUAUAUACAGUUUCGACGUCCGCGGGCGAUCUUUCAACAAGGCACUGCAGUGGUCUGACCCGAAUGUCUUUGGUCCACGUGCGUACUUCGCGACUGUCGCCCGUCCUGCGUCUCUCACUCUUGACACGGUUCAACUUGACGACGAAGGCGUGUAUCGUUGCAGAGUUGAUUUCAAGAAUUCACCGACCCGAAAUUUUCAAAUCCGAUUAUCUGUUAUAGUCCCUCCACACCAACUAAUAUUGUACGACAAGUCGGGGCGCGACGUUUCCGGAGUGGUGGGCCCUCUCGAGGAGGGCAACGAGCUCGUUCUCGUUUGUGAGGUCAGGGGAGGACGUCCAGCACCAACCGUAAUAUGGCUAAUUGACGGCACGCCUGCGCCUCAAUACAUUGGAGAGAAAACUGAUACCCACGUGGUCGUCAAUAAGUUAGAACUACCCCACGUCAAGCGAAGUCAUUUAAAUACAACAUUCAAGUGUCGAGCAUCGAACACCAACCUUGUCAGUCCACAAGAAAAGACUGUCAGAUUGGAAAUGAAUCUGAAACCCACGUUAGUCCAGAUACAGAACAAGCCUGUGACGUUAUCUUCUGAGCGGGACGUCAGCUUAUCGUGUGUGUCAGAGGGGAGCCGCCCCCCGGCUCAGCUGACCUGGUUCAAGGACAAUAGGAAAUUUAAGAGGGGAAAAAUAACAGAUGCUAUGAACGACACAUGGGUAAGCAGUUCCCUCCAAUUCAUGCCUCUGCCUGACGACGACGGCGUGCAAAUUAAAUGCCAGGCGGACAACAACGCCUUGCCCGGACAGAGCAUUGAAGAUUCCUUCAAGUUGGAUGUUGUAUAUCCACCUGUAGUGUCACUGUCGCUAGGCAGCACUCUCAAUCCUCAUGAUAUCAAAGAAGGUGACGACGUGUACUUCGAGUGUUCCGUACGUGCAAACCCAAAGGAACAUCGCAUAUCUUGGUAUCACAAUGAUAAACCAGUGCUACACAACGUGGUAUCCGGUAUUAUCGUCAGUACGAAGUCACUUGUGCUGCAGAAGGUGACGAGAGAACACAGUGGGGAUUACACCUGUCGCGCCAACAAUGCCCUCGGGGAAACUGCUAGUCAGGCUACCCAUCUCAGCAUACAAUUUGCCCCAGUGUGCAUGCAUUCCACGCCUCAAGUUUUGGGCGCGCAAUUAGACGAAGCGUUGCGCGUAAGUUGCUCCGUAACAGCCAAUCCGCCUGACGUCACAUUCUUUUGGCAGUUCAACAAUAGCGGCGAAAGUCUGGAUGUUUCACCGACAAAAUUUGGUACAGCUAACGGGAGCACGAGUGAACUUAGCUACAAGCCACAGAGUGAACGAGACUACGGCGCAUUAAGUUGUCGUGGCACGAACAGUGUCGGCAGGCAACUAGAGCCAUGCGUCUUCCAAAUCGUCCCUGCUUCUCGUCCUGCGCCACCCCGAAACUGUUCCCUUCAAGCUGGUAGCAACAAUACCGAGGGUGUCAGCUGGUUGAUCGUGCGAUGCGUGUCCGGCUACGACGGCGGUCUGCCACAGACAUUCGUCCUAGAAGCACUUGAUCCCAUCACUAGCAAGAUUAAGUUCAAUAGCAGCGUCAAUGAAACAGAUGGCUUGGCUACCUUCAAAUUAGAUCUCUCACAGCUAGCAGCCGGAGACGUAGAGGGCGCUACGUUUAAUCUACUUAUUUAUGCAAAAAAUCUCAAGGGAGACUCGGAGAAAACUCUACUAGAAAAUAUUGCUUUCAACGACGCCGCUAGGAGAACGGAUGGCAAAAGUUCGAUUGGUGGAAUAACGCUCGGAGUAGUGGUAGCUGCUAUACUAGGAGCAGGUCUGGCCAUCGGUGGAAUAGCAUUUGCAGCACUUUGCGCUAGAAGAAGAAGGGCGCAUCCACCGCAUAAACAUCCACCCGGUGAUAUGUUAGAACUCAGCGACGGUUGCCGAAGAUACGUUGUGGCGUACACUAUUAAACCUUCACCGGAACAAAAAACGCCAGAUCCACAGCCCGAUAUAUUGAACGCACCCGAUGGUGAAAGUCAAAAAGGACCACCAGUGGCUGUUGAGGCUGACGAGUGGCCGAGUAUAAUGGAUAAUAGAGGAGAUUGGAGCAAAAAUGGGGCAGUUUUCUCAGCUGAAGAUCUUGCUCUCUUGGAUUCCACUGGAAGACCGACACAGCUCACUCCUGGUGACCUCGCAAAUAGUAGACAAGAAGACGCUAUCAACCAAAACUUGUCGCAGCCAAUAUUAACGAGUAACUUUAGACCGAACUUCAUAGUGACUAAUAGUCCAACUUUAGGAAGUCCAAACUUUGUCUGUCCUAAUGGUAAUGUGGGGUCUCCAUUCGGCAGUCAGACCUUAGCUCUUAGUGGGCCAACUUUAAGUUCUGGGAGCUUAGCCACGUCGACAUUGCACAGAACGAAAGGUAAAAGUAACGUGCGAAGAAGGGAACAUGUACUUGCUGAAAAUUUACCCGGCCCAGAGAGUUGUGUGUAAACAAAACAGAUUAAAUUAUAUUAAUUUUUUAAUUUUAAUUAAUAUUUGAUACUUGAUAACUUUUUCUAUUCAAAGAAAUUUAUAUCAUCCAAAAAAAACUCGUAAACCUACUAGUAAAUCAAACAUUUUUUCAUUACAAAAAUGUAAAAAAUAUCUGUUCCAAUAUAAUGUUUUAAUUAAUGUAUUUAUGAUAUAAAUUUUGAAAAUGUUUCGACAUUUCAAUUCUCAAGAUGUUAAAAUUUUAAGACUUUAAUUUGCUCAAAUACCAAUCUAAAAGUUUAGAGAUAAAAAUUGGAACAUGAUAGUACCUAUUUUCAAGACUGUAUAAAUAUGUAAAUAGUAAUCGUUUAAUUAGAUGUUUUGUGAAUCGUCUUGAGGGGACUUUAUUUUAUAAGAUGGCUUGUAGAUUAUUUAUUUGUCGGGGAUACAUUGGUUGUGUUGUAAAUAUAUAAUAUUAAGGUAGACACAUAAUAUUAACGCCCUACCAAAUUGUAACAAAGAAAAUAUAAAAGUACGGGUUAAAAAUAAAUGUCCCAAGGGAAUGUUUUGUAUAGAUUUAUCAGAUAAGGUUAGUCGUUCACUUGUAAGUUUUUGUUGCUAGAGUUUCUUCGUUGAGGUUUUCAAGAACUCUCGGUGGAACUAUUGAAGUUAUAAGAAGUCAAACUAGAAACUUUUCUUUUAUAAUUGCAAAGUGUUAUUAAAUCAUAUUUGAAAAUUAUAUUUUCAAAUUAUUGUUCGAGAGAUUAUACGAAUCACAUUUGACUUUAAAUUAAAUAUAUAUAUAUAUAUAUUUAGCCAUAUAUAUAUAUAUAUAUAUAUAUAUAUAUAUAUAUAUAUAUAUAUAUGGCUAAAUAGUACUAACAUACGUCAUACACGAUGAGCUUCUUAUAAUAUUAUAUAUUUAAAUAGAAUAUCAAUUGCCUUACAAUUUAAGAGAACAUCCUACACGAUGUGGAUAAUUGAUAUAAUUUUAAGUAAUUAUUGUCGAAUUGUAUAGAUUUAUUUAUCAAAAUAUGAAAUAUACCGUUAUGCAAAUAUAAUUAAGACGACGAAAUUUUUUAAUGUUUUUCUUUAUCGUGUGUGACGCACUGUUUGUACUUACAUUUCAUAAUUUUGUAUAUUUAAUUGAAUCUUAGCACUGGUUAUGAAUAAUAAUAUCAUAUUUAUUUUACAUUUUACUGAUAUUUAUUCUUCAAUGGUGUAAUUAUUAUGUAAAUAUACAAUUGUUUUAUUUUUAAAGAAUAGGAAGGUCCAUAGACAUUUGCAUUGUAAGAAAUGUUAAUCGUCGCUUACAUCGCCAAUGCGCCACAAACCUUGGGAACUAAGAUGUUAUGUCCCUUGUACAUGUAAUUACACUGGCUCAAUCACCCUUCAAACCAGAACACAACAAUACCAAGUACUGCUGUUUUGCGGUAGAAUAUCUGAUGAGUGGGUGGUACCUACCCAGAUGAGCUUGCACAAAGCUCUACCACCAGUAGACGCUUUCGAGAUUAAGAGGUAUAUGUAGUAGAGUAAAAUAACUUUAAUUUGAUCAGUGAAUAUAUGUGUAGAUUGAUCGGAACAUUCUAGCUUUUAUCGUCAAAAUAACUUAGUAUUAGGAAAUUUAAUUUAUUAAUGAAAAGUUUUCGUCAUAUCGGAAAUAUUCAUGUAAAAGGUAGUGCGUUAAUAAUAUGUUUUAAGUAUAUUGGUUAAUUAAUCGCAAUUGAAAUACAACUAUUACAAAAUAUCUAUUAAUUUCAAGAUUAUUCUGGAAAUAUCUGAAAUUAUCUUCGAAAUAAUUAUAUAUUAUUAAAAACUUUGCUUUUAUUGUAUUCAUUAUUAUGUACAGUUUACAUUAUGGUGUAUAUAGAUGUGUUUUUAAUUUAUAAAGCUUUUUGUGAUUUAUUUAUGAAAUGUAAAUAUUUGUUACAUAAAUUAAGUAGUGCCGUUUGGUUAAUAAUAAUAAUUGCCUAAAUGUUCCAUUUCUGUGUUGAUUUUAUUGUAUAGAGUUUAAAAAUGGCCUCAGUUUUACGGAAUAUGUCGCAUUUACUUGUUGUAGCUGUCAGUAUCAAGUUUCCGCGAUCCUGAUCUGAUGAUAUAAUGAUUUUAUAUUUAAUAAAUAAUUAAAAUUUUAUAUAAA